CUGAAUGUCAGGUGAACUCACUUUUAGUUCCUCAAGUUUAUCUGAGUCGAAAUAAAAACCUCUACACUGCUCGGCUGCAGCUACGCUUGGCAUCACGCCCAGGCAGUUAUUUUCAGUCAUACUACAACACCAGGCUCCUAUCUGGUUAAACGAAAAAUUGCUGUCCAGAGGACUUUCCAAGCUCGAUUGAAGUGCAUGCUGUAAUCCUGACGACACGCUUACCAGACCUAGCCAGGACUGGCUAAUUGGAUUGGGUCAGUUGAGUUGAACGAGUUGUCAAAAAACAAAGAUACUUCACCUCAAGUUCAGCAGGAAACCAGAGUCAAAGAGAAGUUCACAAAAGCUGAGACUUCGGUGUUGCAUAAACAUGACUGAAGGAAGCGGUGAUCGGCAUCCCAGCGAUGAUUUGAGUCCUCAGCCUAAAAGUCCUGAUUCAUCCUGGGGAGUGAAGAUCAGGAAGAAGCUGAAGGCCGUGGCUCCCUAUCUUGGCAAAUUCAGGCCGCUGGUGGGACAGUGCUGCCAUCAGUGCACCCCGGAGAGUCUGAGUUGGAAACUGCUACCGAACACUCCUUCACUCAACUUCCAGAACCUCCUGUAUGUGAAUGAAACACACACCAGGUAUCGAGGGUGGCUGGUGAGAAGAGUGUGCUGUGUGCUGUUUAUCCGCAGCCGUAAAGUCGAAGUCGGUCCUGUUGGAGACAGACUGCUACGGAUCUGCAACACUGACAGGGUGAAAAAAGUCCUGGCUCCACAGAGCGGCGUGAAAGAGUGUGGAGAAGAUGCAAGAGCGAUUCUGACUCUCGCCGAGACAUCCCAGUCUCCGACUCUGAUCCGCUUGAUGGGCUGGUUCCUCCUGCGGUUCUUCUCUCUGAUGUUCUGCAAUGUUCAGGUGAACCUCAGCCAGAUGGCCGCUCUCCAUCGAGCCACACAGCCGAACAUCCCGCUGGUGUAUGUGUAUAUGCGUCAGGGCGCUGUUGAUCAGGCUUUGAUCUCCCUGACUCUUCUCUGUCACAACCUGAAAGUUCCCUACAGUUUCUAUUCCGCUCCAGUUCACCACAGCUGGAUGAGGGUCAUCCUCCGGAAACUGGGCGUCGUUUUUCUCCCCGAUCACGCAUCCACAGAGCAGGAGGCCGAAACACACAGCGUGUACUCUCCUGUCAUGACCUCGCUGGUUGGUGAGCUGCUAAUGGCAGGGGAGAGUCUCAGCGUGGGCGUGUGUGAGGAGAGUGGAUGUGGAGGACAGUGGCUGGCACGGAUUCGUCAGGCUGUGGCCGAGGGCUUGGUGCCAGACGUGAGCGUGGUACCAGUGGGAAUCUCCUACGACUGUCCACCAUCUUGCCAGUUCAUCCACCAGCCUGGCAUGCUGUCUGUACUGCGGUUUGUGCGUUCCCUUCUGAGUGCUGAUGAAAGAGGAGGUGUGAGGAUCCAUUUCGCUCAGGCUUUCUCUCUGAAGGAGAUGUGUGACAGUGGGAAAUGUCGUGUGGACGGACGACGCCCCCUACAGGACCUCCUGCUGCCAGUUGUCCUUCACAACAGGAAAGACACCAUAUUUGGGCAAAGGGAUGUUUCUUGGCUUUUCCCCUCCACCUUUCUGCCUGAACUUUCCCACAGCGAGAGGCAGCUGAGCACCGCUUUGACUCUGCACCUGAUGCACUCGGUGACCAGCAGCAUGGCCGUGAUGUCCACCAGCAUGAUGUCCUGUUUGCUCCUCCAUAAACACCGCAGGGGUGUGCGUGUGUCCGUGUUGUGUAGAGAUUUGUGUUGGCUGCUGGAGGAGGUGUUGUUCAGGCGCUAUGAUGUUGGGUUCGGAGGCUCUGUGCUCAGUGUGGUGUUCCACGCGCUCUCCGUGCUUCGUCCCCACCUACUGAUGGCUGCAGCGCCCCCUUCGGGAGAGCCGCUGGUGACUGCUCGGCCCGACCCACACAGCCUGCUCACGCUCGGCCGGCACAGCCAGCUUCUCACACACGUGUUCAUCAAAGAAGCUGUGGGAGCCUGCGCUGUCUUUGCCCUGCUGUGUGAGGUGGCCGGAUGUGGAGGAGAAGAAAUGGAGUUUGAUGUCGCACUCGGUCAAGAGGAGCUGACUGAAAAAUGCCUACAGCUCACACACCUACUGCCAGCCGGGUAUAUACCACCAUGCAAAGCAGCGUACAGUUUCGCUAUGGAUGCAGUGGACAGUGUGGUGCGUUGUGGGAUUCUCAUCAUUGAGGAGGUACAACGGGAUACGCCAGCGUGUGAUUUCUGGAAAAGGCAGGGUGUUUUCUCGUGGACUACAUCAGAUGACCCUGAACACAGCAGUGAUUCAGACUGUGAGGAACAGGACACACACUCUUAUAAGUUGAGUCAACCGUCUCACUGUCCCAGGCUGCUGUUGUUUUUAUGUAGUUUACUGAGCGUACAGCUGAGGGCGCUCUCCUGGGCUAUAGAGAGCCUGGACCUGCUGCCGUUUCCCCUUACAGAUGCGGCGUGUGUGACUCAUCUCCACGCUCACCUGAGAAACAAAGCUCAGCUGGACAAAGUGCACCACGAGAGCUCCUCGAUAAAGCUGGCGAGAAUGGCCUUGCGAACCCUGACUGAUUUUGGCGUGCUGACGGAGGACCGGCAGAGCGAGGCGAUGUAUCUAAGGAUCAGUCCUCUUUUCCUCCAGGCUGAAAACAAGCACAAACUCUUCCAGGUUGUCUCGCAGUUCGUGUACGCCUGAUGGAAGAACUUCGGGCAUUUACAACGCUCGUUUUUUUGCUUUUCAAGUAUUGUGAAUUGUUUAACCGUUCAAUUUUUUCAUUUAUAAUCCAUAAAAAAAAAAAAAAUCUGAUUUAUUUUAAGUUAGGCAAAUGUAUUGUUCAAAAGGAGGCCAGAGUUUUUGGUCCUGUUUUUUCCGUUUUAUAUUUGUUUAAUAAAAUCGCAUUGUUAGCUAGUUAACAAGUUCUUCUCGCGUUUCUGUUCGAUGAAAAUUGUUGCUUCGUUUGAUCAGAGAACUGAAUACAGGUUUUGUUCUGCACCCCUUUCUCGACCCAGAUCUUGAUCUUUUUCACUUUGAUUUCUCUCACACGGUGAUGUUAAUAAAGAGUGACACAGCUCAUGUGCCACUCCUGGCCCUUCACAAUCAGCUCCUGAUUAGAGGCUGGUGAUGCCCUCCCUCCUGCUCCGUCUGGACACCGUGUCAAUCCCAUAACCCUGCUCUUUCACCCUUGUACACAUCCACACACAGGCUCUUUUCAGACGCAGCAUGGCGAGAGAGAUGGUAAUGGCAGGGCUGAUUGCUGUAGUGCACGAGUAAGCUGAGUAAGAUCUCCAGAGACACACACAUACACGAGGCUGAACCACACAAGCUCCUUCUGCACGCUCACCAAGUGGGGCAAUCAAUAAUGGAGAAAGAUGUGCAGAUGAAAAGAAGAAAUGAGCGGAAUACCAAAACAGGCAGGAAAGGUGAGAUGGCUAAACACAGCAUUUUUUUUUCAUGUAUUAUAAUAAUAAUAAUAAAUUCAGCUUUGAAUGCAGACAGAACUGCAGUUUCAGUAAAUGAUAAAAUCACAGACUCGGCACAUUUACACUUCUCUCAUUUCCCAAACUCGGGUCGGCUCACGGACGGAGCAGUUCCUGG